GAGUAGCUCCAUAAAUUGUGUGGAGUUUUUGAAAAAAAAAUCAUGAUUCCAAAAAUAAUAUCAAUCUGUAUUGUACUAUCAAUGUGCCAUCUCCAAGAUAAAAUCGUUAGAGCGCAAGAAGUUAAUUUGCCACCAGGUCAAGAAUGUCAAAUGACCCCAGUAAUUCAUGUACUCCAACACCCAGGUUGUGUACCUAAAGCCAUUCCUUCAUUUGCUUGUAUUGGAAAAUGUUCUAGUUACGUUCAGGUUUCAGGCAGUAAAAUAUGGCAAAUGGAACGAACUUGUAAUUGUUGUCAAGAAUCAGGCGAAAGAGAGGCAACUGUGGUUUUAUCUUGUCCAAAGGCAAAGAGUGAAGAUAAAAGAUAUAGAAAAGUUACGACAAAAGCUCCUCUGGAGUGCAUGUGCCGUCCUUGUGGCAGUAUCGAAGAAAGUGCAAUAAUUCCACAAGAAAUUGCAGGUUAUACUGAAGAAGGCCCCUUGCAUAACCAUUUUAGAAAAACGUUUUAAUUUCCAAUUGUUAUUAUAAUAUAAUAAAGUUAUGACCUGGCAGCUGGCACAUUAAAUGAGAUAUUUAAUUAAUAACUAAUAUUGUACAUCCAAACAAUGCGUUCAGCUACGAAACUCAUAGAAGGUAGAAUAUACUUACUGGAAUAUAUAACGGCAGAGGGUACAACUAUGAAUACCUAAAAAUAAAAAAGAGAGGGUUACAAAAAGUCAGUAUUCUCAGGCGUAUCUACUGAAUAUUUCGAAGGAUAUAUAUAAUUUGUGUAAUAGUAAUGAGACACGUAAGAACAGUUAACAGUCUAAUCGUAGGUGUUUAUUAUAGCUACGAUAGGAGAAAGCCACUGAAGAUAACAUUUUAUGAGAAAGUAUGUUACUACUGAUUAAAGAAUAUUACUCCUAUGUAGGUACCUAUUAGGUAAUUUGUAAUACUUAGUUUUUCUUUAGUAAUAAAUGACCUUGACCGAAAAUGUUAUUUUAUUGCUAAAAUAUCUCUCUCACAAAAGCAGGAACUUCCUGAGAAAAAAAAAGUCACGUCUUGUUUAUAAAUACACAUUGGAAGAGUUUGUAUAU